GUUAAGCAAAGAGCACACACACACGCAAAAUUUCAAGUAAGAAGACAGAAAUAGAGACAAAAUCCCACAGAAGAUAACUGUGCUUGUGUAUUUGGGUGGGAUUGAACAAGCGCAGACAGCUCAGCCAUGUCUCGACAGGUGGUCAAGGUCCAGCCGGAGAGCAGGGGUCAGGAGGCAGGUCAAUGGAGUACUGGCCUGUGUGAGUGCCAUAAAGACAUGGGUGACUGCUGCUUUGCCCUGUGCUGCCUCCCAGUGUACACCUGUAGGGUGACCAGUGCACUGGGUGCAUGUCCAUGUCUGCCUCUGCUCGACUGUAUUGCCUGCGUGCCACCGGCAUCUCUCGCCAUGAGGGCGUCUGUCAGGGAACGAUACGGCAUUCGGGGAAGUGUGUGGAGCGACUGCCUGUACGGAUGCUGCUGCUAUCCUCUAUCUUGGCUCCAGAUCUCCAGAGAGCUGAAGAGAAGAGCAGCAUCCCACGCCUCCUCCUCUUCCUCCUCAGCCAGAUACACUGCUCUGACCACCCUGCAGGGGGCGCACCUGGUCUAGGCACACGCAGCACUCCUUUUUGUUUUAAUUUUAGUUUUAUUAACGGAUUCUAAAAUGUGGAUUCACUAGUGAAACAAACUCAAAUUGUCAAAAUGUUGAUACAAAGAAGCAACAGUAUUCAAAGAAAAAAAGAAUAGUACAGGACAUGUGCACUAAUACAAAACCAUGUAAUAAGAUAAAGUAUACACAAAUUUGAAUACAAACACGAACACACACCUAAUUUGUUAUACAAUUAUAAGAUUUGCAUGAAUCGUUUUGGUUAGUUUUUCAUGAAGUAGUCUUAAAUACACACGCAGCCCUCCUGUGUUCUGUCCUCGGCUGCAGCCUGCCCUCCAGUGUUCAGGACUUGAUUUAAUCACACUUCCUAUGAUCUGCGGGCACUCCCUGUUACCUCGGAGAAUUCAGCCAAGUCACAAUCUGUCCCACGGAGAGGAACGUUCAGUUUGUCCCCUGAUGAAGUGAAAGAAGUGCGAUAACAGUUGAACUUUGGAUCAGGAUUGUUAUUUUGAGUAGCAGUGGAAGAAAGAAACUAAGUACAUUUACUCGAAGUGCAUUUGUGAGGUGAACUAUAAGAAAUAAAUUCGUAAAAUAACAGAAAAAAAGGUUCUGGCAGCUCAUUAGCCAUAAUUAUUGUGUGUGCAGCUGAAGUAAAAGCCCAGAACAUUUUCUGUUAAAAUUCUCUCUGACAAAGUUGCCCCGUUAGUGACUUCGACGCUUGUUUUGUUGUUGUUAGUUACUCUUUUUGUGCUUUUUUUUUUUUACACUUUCAACAUUUUCAAUACUUUUUGUUGCACUUUUAAACCUUUUUUUGAGGCUUUUGACGCUCACUAAGCCAGGUACUUUCUACUGAAAUGCAGACAGAUUAAUUGUGUUGCUUUCGCCAUCAUGGCCACCAAAAGUUGCCGGAGCACAGAUAAAGGUCCCAUAAUGCAGUCUGAAAUGUGAAUAAACACCAAUACAACUGUGAAUCACGUUCUAUGGAAAGUUUCUGUUAGAAAACAUGCAGUCACACAACUGUUAUCAAACAGAUAUUUCUUAGAGUGUACAAUAAUCCUACUUUACCUGGGCCUUUUACUUUGAUAAUACUGUAUACUUCAUUUAUCCGUGUAACUGUUCAGAUUAGGAUAUUAAACA